ACGCCCACCACAGAAGAAGCUAGCUACAGUAGCGUGUAGCUAUUUGGUGGAACAGUCGAGAACAAGUUCAGUAAAAAAAAAAAAGAUGCCUCGUGUUUACAUAGGUCGUUUAAGCUAUCAUGUUCGUGAAAAAGAUAUUCAACGAUUUUUUAGCGGAUACGGUAAAUUACUGGAAGUCGAUAUGAAAAAUGGCUAUGGCUUCGUUGAGUUCGAGGAUAACAGGGAUGCUGACGAUGCUGUGUACGAGCUGAACGGGAAGGAGCUGUGUGGGGAGCGGGUGAUUGUCGAGCAUGCCCGGGGACCGCGGCGAGACCGAGACGGCUACGGUGGGGGUUCCUCCUGGGGUGGUGGGCGCAGCAGCGGUUACAGCAGCAGCAGCAACAGCAGCAGCAGCAGGACCCGCGUAGGCAGAGACAAGUAUGGGCCUCCUGUCCGUACCGAGUACCGCCUCAUUGUGGAGAACCUGUCCAGCCGCUGCAGCUGGCAGGACCUUAAGGAUUUCAUGCGUCAGGCUGGAGAGGUGACUUAUGCUGAUGCUCAUAAGGAACGCACUAACCAGGGGGUAAUUGAGUUCCGGAGCUAUUCUGACAUGAAGAGGGCUUUGGACAAGCUGGAUGGAACCGAUAUUAACGGGCGAAAGAUCCGUUUGGUUGAAGACAGACCGCACAAGAGAAGGUCCUACUCUGGUAGCCGAUCCAGAUCUCGUAGUCGCCGACGUUCACGCAGCGGGAGCCGUAGGAGCUCAAAGAGCCGUUCCAGAUCCCACUCUAGGUCUCGUUCUCGGAGCAACAAAAGACGUCAUUCCCGCUCACGAUCUGGGAUGUCUCGCUCCAAGUCAGGAGACAGGAAGUCUCGAUCCCUCAGCCGCAAAUCCCGUUCUCGAUCCCGAUCUCGCAAGUCCAAGUCUCGCUCGCAGUCUCGCAAAUCUCGCUCCCGAUCGGCCGACCGGAAGUCUCGUUCAAAGAGCCGCUCCAAGGGGAGAUCUGAUGGGGAUUCUCGCAGCAGAUCAAAGGAAAAGUCUGUUGAUAAAAAGUCUCGCAGCCGUUCGGCUUCCCCUGUUGAGAAUGGAGAAAAGGAGCUUCCAGAGAAAUCGCCCGACCGUUUGCCAUCCCCACAGGAAGAUGAUCGCCGAUCCAACUCAAGAGAAAAACGCUCAGCCUCCCGCUCAAAGUCCCGCUCACGGUCCAGAUCAGCCUCUCAGGAUUAGUGGAAGUGGACGAGGAUGUUUUUCUUAAUGUUAAGCCUAAUUCUAUUGCUGUACAUACUGAGCAGUUGUAACACCUGAUCAGAGCUUCUUAAGCUUCUUUUUUGUUUAUUUGGGCCCCAUUGUCUCAGGCGUUCUUGUUUUUAAAAAUACCAUUUCACUCGCUGUUCAAACAUUUUAUUUUUAAAAUUAAACUGAAAUUUUCAUUUCAUCUUUUGACCCUUCCCACUUAUGUUUUCAGGUUUAACAUCCUGUAUCAUUCAUUUAAGCUUCAGGUUUAUUCCCCCCGUUUUUUUCCCACAGCUUUUUGCUAAAACCGUAUUACAUGAAGAUAUAAUUUAAAUAAUUUCAACCCAUUCACACCCCCAUUUCAACCUUUUUUUUUUUUUUGUUUUUGUGAAAUUGCUUUGUUCUGGUGUUUGAACUAGAUUGUUCAUUACUAAAGUUAAGGUACAUUCAUCUUAUUGCCCCACAAAUCCAAUUGAACCAUUUUUGUUAUGUUUAAUAAAUAUCUUAAGG